UUUCGGUGUUCAAUUCAUCCACUUUGCACACGCUCGAUCUUUCAUUUUGUAGACAUCUAACAAAUAUACAGUUAGAUUCUUUUUCUCCAUUGCUCAGUUUGAAAGUACUUGACCUGAAGAAAGCACACAACCUAGGUCUAUCUGGAGCCUUAUUGGGAAUGUAUGGUUUGCAAAACAGAAAUAUGACGUCCAUAAAUUUAGAAGCAGUAACGUUUCUUCAAAAAUGGAAUAUCUCAACAGAACGGUGUGUACAAGAUCAAAUACUAACAAAAGACAAAUUGCAAUAUUUGUCUACAAUUUGUCUCUCUAGUCUGAAUUUGGCAAACAAUCAUAUCCUCUUUAUUGAUAUAGCAUAUACACAAAACAGCACGAUUUACAAUUGUUUGGUUUAUCUAUACCUUCGUGGAAAUGCCUUUGAUUUACAAUUCGACAUUGUGUCUGUGCAGAAGAUUAUUCCAGACAUAAAAUUAAAAUAUGUAGAUGUAUCAUCCAACCAAUGGUGUGGCCAUUCCCCUCCAAAUAAUUACUUUGAUGAUACAUUGUCAAUAGCAUUAUAUGUAAUAUUGCCUACAACUCUAGAAACAAUUAUUUUUGAUGGAACCAAUUCGGUAGUUGAUCUUAAAAGGCGGAUUACGGUGGCAGUUAAUGCAAGUAAUAUUCUGAAAAAUCUUUCUAUCAGCUACAAUGAGAACAUGAUACUGGAAGGGUCUGUUACUGGACUGAACAACCUUACAACUCUGAGAAUAGAACACAAUGGAAAUAUGUCACUUUCAGAAUCAAUUUUUGAUCAUUUCCCAAGUCUGAAAAACCUCUACAUGACUGGAGUGCGUCUUCCAAAACAGUAUUUCCAAAACGAGUCGAUUCGGUUAUUUAGAAACCUGACGAAGCUGGAAAACCUCGACCUCUCCUCCAGCGACCUGUUCCACUUACCAAAACACUCGUUUCGCCACAACCGCUUUCUCAAGAACCUCUUACUGUCAUACAACAAUUUUCAGAGUAUUUUAUUCUCCAUGGAAGAUGUUCCACAUUUAGAGACUUUAGAUUUGUCUUAUAAUCAUAUCAAAACGUUGGAUCGGGAUUCCAGAACUUCGUUGGACAGUCAUGCUAUAAAUAAAUUAAAUUUUACUUUAAAAUUGCACAACAAUCAAUUAAGCUGCAGGUGUCAAAAUAUCAACUUCGUGUUGUGGUUCAAACAAACCGAUUAUAUUUUAAAUUCAAGUUAUGUACAAUGCACGUACGAAAAUAAUACAUUGGUUAUUUUCAAAGAUAUUGACGAAGAAGCAUUAUGGCACGAGUGUACGGGAAAACCAGCGUUUUACAUCGUGUCGUCCAUGUUUGCAUUGCUCAUCUCUGCAGCUCUGUGUUCCUUUCUUUUAGUGAAGCAUAAGUCUCAGAUUGUUGUGUUUUUCCACAGACUGUUUCGCGGGGUCGCUGGACUCCCAACAAGAGCAGACUUCAGGUAUGAUGUUUUUAUUGGAUACGCUGAUAAAGACUGUGACUUUGCGUGCAUGCAACUGAGACAGAUCUUGGAGGACAGGUUUCAUUAUCGAGUUUACAUCCACGAUCGCGACAGUGAGUUGGGCGGCUCGAGAGCCAUCUCCAUUCUAGAUGGAGUCCACAACAGCUGGAAGAUGGUCCUCGUUUUGUCACAGAACUUUAUCACUGACGAAUGGUCUAGAUAUACGAUGCAUGCCGUAGCUUUGUUCGCUGCCUCUGGCCUCAUACCAAAGAGGCUGGUCAUUCUCCUGGACCGAGUGAAUCCGUGCGAGGUUCCAGACACCCUCCUGUGCAUUGCAGAUGAAGACACGAUUCUGCCAAUCCCACGUCCUAAUGAUGACGAUUCGUGGGAACACUUAAAGCGUCUUCUGAAGUGAUUUCCAUGAACUUCAAUUCCCUCAAGUCUCGACUGGAAGAGGUAUAAUGCAGUGGUAGAACACUCGAGUGAAAUGCUAUGAGUCUAGGAAAAAAUGUAAUUGAUAAUCGAUUUUCUACUAGUGUUUCAGAUUGUUAUCAAAGACUGUGGUGUGUAUUGUCUUAUUAGUUAGAAAGUAUACAUAAAGAUCUACUGUUG